AUGAGCUAUGAGGGAGGAUUAUUUCGAUAUAGAUAUUACGUUUAUGCCAUAUCCAUUUUCCUACCUAUAUUACUUGCAUCCUUAGCAUUCAUCAAUGGCAUCGGGUAUGAACCAUUAACGAAUUGGUGCUACAUGCCGACACGUCCACUUUGGUGUAGACUUGUAUUAAGCUGGAUUCCUCGCUACUUGAUUAUCAUCACAAUUUUCGUUAUAUAUGGUUGUGUCUAUCGCCAUGUAACAAAGCAGUAUAGUAAUGUCAGAAAUACGAUGAUGGGAACUGAUGAAGCGGAGCACGAGACUACUUCGACAUGGAAAAGGUUUUACAAAGCCUUGGGAUUUGUGCUAUUUUUGAAUGUCAUUUUAUCCGACUCCCUGAAAAAGGACGAUAAUGAUACUCCUAUAAAUGAAGAGCAACAACCGUCAAAUUUUGUCAAUGAUUCGUCUCGUGAAAAUCAAUCAAGUGAAACGCCUAUAAACAACAAUCAUAAUUUGAUACAAGGCAACCUUAAUGAAGACACAUUGCAACAAUUUAAAAGGCGACAAGUACAGGUUGAACGACAAAUGAAAACAAUAUUUAUUUAUCCAGUCUCCUACAUUUUUUUAUGGAUAUUCCCAUUGAUUGUCCACGCUUUUGAUUUCAAAUAUGGUCUUUCCAGAAAACCAAUAGUAUGGCUAAACUCAAUUUCUGCGUUUAUGCAACCUUUCAAUUGUACUGUUGAUACUGUUGUAUUUUUUAUCAGAGAAAAACCCUGGAAGAUUAUAACAAGUAAAGUAGAUGUUUCACCAACUGAAAAGUAUACAUAUUCUCGUUGGAGACACUUCAUAUCUUUCCUACCCUUAUUUUCGUUACCCAGAUCACAUAAUACUCAACAAGCAGAACUUAAAGAUUUCCCAGAUUUUGCAUUAGAUAAUUCUUUCAGUGAUUCCACCUUCCACGACUACUCGAAAAUUCUUUCAGAUACAGGCCAUGUGGAUGUCAAUAUGGCUCAGUCAACUCGUAAUAAACUUAAUAUUAAUAACAACAAUGCUUCUAUAUCACCUAAUAAGUAUCUGCAAGAUGAGAAUAAUCUUGAACACAAUAAUUCUGAUGAAGAACUCCCCGAUGAGAUGGAUUUUACCGAGUUUUUAAAAAUGGGACCGAUACGGUAG